AUGACGACGUCAAGGCCUCGCACUGAGCCUUUCUGGCUUGGGUACGUAUUGGAUGCCCUGCUCGCCCGUCAUGGUGAAGCAACAACUUACACCAAGUUGUCUAUUCAGCGGCGCGGCGGCAUGUAUGGCCGUCUGUUUCAUCGCAUGCAGGUCCUCAAGUCCAGCAACUCCAUGUUGAGCACAAUGUACAGAUUUGGGCUCCGAGACGGUAUUCCCUCAUUAUGGGGCGGCCUAUCGGCGUCUAUUCUGCGACAAGGCACAUACUCAACUGCCCGAUUUGGAUUGCACAAUCAUCUUUCCUCACAAUUGCUCCAGACGUCCGGUAGAGACAGGCUUCCGGCAUCAUGGAAUAUUGCUUGCGCGGGGGUUUCCGGUGGAAUUGCCGGGCUGAUUGGCAAUCCUACUGAGGUUGUUCUUGUCCGUAUGUGCGCCGAUGGAGCAAAGCCUGCAAAGGACAGGUUCCGAUACUCGAAUCCAUUAGUUGGUCUGUGGCGGGUUUGGAAAGAAGAGGGGGCGAAGGCGUUUGGUCGUGGGAUUGGACCGAAUGUCACGAGAAGUGUUCUCAUGAAUCGCAUCGUAGGUCAUUACGGAAACGGGCUCGGCGGCGCCACGCAGGCAGGGCUAACAUUUCCCAACAGCUAUGCGUCCGCAAAGCAGUCUCUGCUGGCAUCGAAUAACAUGUCGGAUAAUAUCACCACCCACGCCCUCGCUUCGUUAAUGGCAGGAACAGGCCUGUUGCAAAUCGUUAGAAAUGGGUUACGGGAUGAAGGGCCGCGCUUCUUAAUGAAGGGCUGGACACCAGCCUGGCUGAGACUAACACCACAUACUGUUCUGACAUUCGUCUUCAUGGAGCAGCUGAGGCGACUCUCGCAGUUGACUGUCUCACAGCAGCAGCGGGAUACUGCCAAGAUGUAA